AUGGUUGAGGUUCCCGACAAAUCCAUUCGCAUCUGUGCAGACAGAGGAGGGACGUUCUGUGAUGUUCAUGCAUCGUAUCCUGACCCAGGCAAUCCAAACGAGCGGAAAGACAUCGUUGUCAAACUCCUCUCACAGGACACAGCCAACUACGGUGAUGCACCAACGGAGGGUAUCCGCAGGGUGCUUGAGAUUGUGACGGGAGAGACUAUUCCCCGUGGGUCCGUGCUUGACACUAGCAAAAUUGAUUACAUUCGUUUGUCGACAACAGUGGCGACAAAUGCGCUCCUGGAACGCAAGGGACAUUGUCAUGCUUUACUCAUUACAAAGGGAUUCAAGGACCUCCUGCUUAUCGGGAAUCAGUCACGCCCACGUAUCUUCGACUUGAACAUUCGCCGCUCGAGUCCUUUGUACUCUGAAGUCGUUGAGGUGGACGAGCGUGUAACUCUUGUUGGGUACACGUCGGAUCCCAAGUCGGAAGAGAACGCUAUUCAGUGGAAUGAUGAUGGGUCCAUGGAAAGAGGCUACAGGGGUCCUGGAUGGGAUGGGGAGGGCAAUGCGGAGGGUCCGGGAGAUAUUAUUCGAGGGAUCUCAGGAGAAGCAGUUAGGAUCUUGAAAAGACCAGACCUGGACCUUGUGAGGCACGACCUACAGCGAUUGUAUGACGCUGGAUAUCGCUCCCUCGCGAUCGUCCUCGUUCAUUCUUACACCUUUCCCGAGCAUGAAAUACAGAUCGGUAAGCUCGCACGGGAAGUUGGGUUUACCCAAGUCUCGGAAUCCUCGCAGUUGCUGCCCAUGAUCAAGAUGGUCCCUCGUGGUGUAUCGUCUACAGCGGACGCAUAUCUCACCCCUAUUUUACGAGAGUAUCUAGACGGGUUCUUCUACGGUUUUGACGCAAAGUUGAAGGACGGACGGAUAAAGAGUCCUCGUGUGGAGUUCAUGGGUAGCGAUGGGGGGCUUUUAGAUCUCAAUAACUUCUCUGGCUUGAAGAGCAUUCUAAGUGGCCCGGCAGGAGGCGUUGUGGGGUAUGCAUUGACGAGCUGGGACGCAGACAGGAAAUACCCCAUCAUUGGCCUUGAUGUAGGUGGGACAUCGACUGAUGUCUCUCGCUUUGAUGGCCGCUACGAAGUGGUUUACGAGACAACAACUGCCGGUGUCACCAUUCAGUCUCCACAGUUGGACAUUAACACUGUCGCAGCUGGUGGAGGUUCUUGCUUGACCUUCCGAAACGGCUUGUUUCUCGCAGGGCCCGAAAGCGCUGGUGCACAACCAGGUCCUGCAUGUUACAGGAAAGGCGGUCCGCUAGCGGUCACAGACGCCAACUUGCUCCUAGGUCGCCUCAUCCCAGAUUAUUUCCCAAAAAUAUUCGGAAAAUCAGAGAAGGAGCCUCUGGACUCGGAAGCAUCACGUGUGGCCUUUGAGAAGGUCGCGAAAGAGAUCAACGAAAGUCAUGAAAUAAACCUUGGCUUGGAUGACAUUGUAUACGGGUUCAUCAAAGUGGCCAACGAGACGAUGUGUAGACCCAUCCGUGCACUAACGGAGGCGCGGGGAUAUUCAACUGGAAAACAUGUACUGGCAAGCUUCGGUGGUGCAGGUGGUCAACACGCCUGCGAGAUUGCAAGUUUGCUUGGCAUAAAGACCAUUCUUAUCCAUCGAUACAGCUCGAUUUUGUCUGCAUAUGGAUUGGCAUUAGCAGACCGCGCAUACGAGCUCCAAGAACCCUCAUCAGCAUUCUACUCUGCGCAGACACGCCGGAACCUUAUCGCCCGCCUUGAUAAGCUUACUAACGACGUCAAGGCCGAGCUCAAGCAUCAGGGAUUCGAAGGCAACCGCGUGAAGGUUGAGCGGAUGUUGAAUAUGCGGUUUGAGGGCACCGACACUGCGCUCAUGGUUCUGCCUAACGAGAAUGACGGUGAUGGUGCCGAGGACUUCGAGGCAGCAUUCAGGCGCGUGUACAAGACAGAGUUUGGCUUCCUGCUCGAUACCAAAAGCAUCAUCGUGGAUGACGUGAAGGUUCGUGGCAUUGGGAAGACCUUCGACCACCUCGGAGAGUCGGUCUACUCGGAGGUAGAACGGCUUCAGAAGAAUCCUGUCACAUGUGAUCGAGCAGACUCGACAUAUAGCGUGUACUUUGAUAAAGUUGGCCGAGUGGCCGAUACCCCUGUGUUCCUCCUGGAUAACCUAGGCGUGGGCGAUGAAGUCACGGGCCCUGCGAUGAUCAUUGAUAACACGCAGACUAUAGUCAUUGUUCCAGGCGCACGUGCUGUUCUCACUAGCAAACACUUGUAUAUCACACUUUGA